UCUACUUCUUAUCGGGAGCCCAAAUCACCAACUUUGUUGGAUCUAUCCCCUCUUCCCUUAGCUGCAUAUUCUUUCAGUCGCAUCAGUUUUUGCAACUGGCUCUCUCUCUAAUGACUGCGCUAACAACUCUGCCUGCAAGCCAAGGCACUAACCAUAGCUUGACUGCCUUGCCACCUAAUUCUGCACAUGUGCAACAGAUACUUCUUCUACUUCUUGUCGGAAUUCUUGCAUCAUUAGGUGCUCCACCUCCAACACUGAACCCUAGCGGUAGUGGAAGAUUGCACUGUUCUAUGGCUGGCCAGGAGUACGAAAUUAAUCAGACAUGGUAUAAACAUCUGAAAACUCCUGCACUUACUAUAUGCGUUCAUUGUCUAUGUAAGCCUGAUGGUGGUAUGAACUGCAGCAAUGUUACUUGUUCUUCAUCAAUGUGCAGUGGACUAAAAAAAAAUGCAUGUUGUGAAGUUUGUCAAGAUUCCAGCUUUGGGAUGGAAGAGAAAUCCUCAAAAAAUUCUGCCGAAGGAGGAGGAGGCUCUAAAUUACCUUGUUUACAUCAUGGCAAAAUGUUUCAAGACGGAGAAGAAUUCACAUCAAACGCCACUGGUCUGCAAACACAAAAGCCAAAUCAAUGUAUUCAUUGCGUGUGCCAAGCAGGACUAGUACUAUGCCGUUUACGGACUUGUGAACCAGUCACGUGUUCUAACCCAGAUACAAAAACUUGCUGCCCGACAUGUAAAGAUGAACCAGUAAAUGAGCAAGCAAAGCAAGCGAAUCCAGUUGUGACAAUUAUGGUAUCCGAUGGUCAGUCAUCUAGUGGAGACUGUACAGCAGCAGGCAUUACGUAUAGCCAUGGAUCAUCUUGGCAUCCAGUUAUUGGACCAUUUGGACCAAUGGAUUGUGUCUAUUGCAAAUGUCUUAAUGGUAAAAUCGAAUGCAGUCGCUUGAACUGUCCACCAGUACAUAAACUGCCAUGUUCAAAACCUAUUCAAGUACCUGGUCACUGUUGCCUUCAAUGUACAAAUGAUGCUCAUGGCUCUUCAGUUUGGGCCGAGAACAAUCAACCAAUUUUACAUCAGCCAUCCAUUUCUGUAACCAUGGAAGAACAGGGUAAUCACCAAAUACAAGAAAAUCCUAGAACGACUCCAUCUCAUUGCUUACCACCAGAAACAAACACACUGGUUUAUCGCAGCCAUGCAUCAAGUAGUGCGAGUGCGUACUACCAGUAUGCUUUUCAAUCAGUAGGGGGAGACCAGAGCACAAGAUUAUUAACUUGGACUGUUAAAGAAGGGCAUACUGGUGACUUUUCUGAGCAAUAUCUUUCAAAAGAAGAGUUCAAGACAUUGAUGGGUACUUUUAAGUUCAAACUACAAGGAGCCACAAGAACUAAGUUCAUGGACAAGUUUAUCAGAAAAGCAAAAAGACUGCCAGAUCAAUGUGGGAAUCGUUGCUCAACAAAAAUCCAGCGCUUAGAGCAAGUUCUUCAUUUGAAAGAAGUUGUCAGAAGACAGCAAUGUCAAGCACAAGAAACGUCCUUUCAUUAAUCAACUCAACUCAUUUCUAUUUAAAAAAAAAAAAAAAACAAAGCAUCGUGAAAUUUGUUUACCUUUCAGGAAGUAUCAUUAGAAGCAGUAUCCAUUUUUGACCACCAUAGCAGCAUUUUUUAUGUGAUUGUCUUCAGCUCUGCUCUAGCACUUCAAGUUCUCUAGCGUUAUUCUUUUUCUAUAUUCACAAUUACUGUUUUCAAUAACUGCGAACUUUAUAAAACUUGCGUAUUUCUUUUUCUAGUUAUGUACACGCGCGAAACUAGGGAGCACAAAACUCAAGUGAUGUGAUUUAAAGCCCUUUUACGUAAAGUACAAGUACGAACUGUAAGUUCAAGCUUUAUAAGAAUCUUCAAAAAGGCAAAAUAUCUUCAUCUCACUUUAAACUAAGAAUGACUUAAGUUCCAGCUUUAAGAAAUCUAAACUGAGAUUAUACUUUUUCAUUAGAUCUACUCAAAGUAAUAGUGAUACUAAAACAUUAAGAACAAAAAACGAAUUUAUUUUAAAAUAUUACAUACUUAAUUUGCUAAACCAAUAUAAAAUGCUUCCAAAUUCAAUUCAGUUUUACUGCAGCGUCAUUGCUUAAUUAAUUAAGAUAUGAUAUUGCUUUCAAGCAAAAUAUGUUCAAUAUUCGUUUGCUCUUUCCUGUAUAUUAACUUGGAUUUAGAUACUUUGCCAUUUUUUCCUAAAUUGACACUAUUGAAUGAACUCCGAAGCUCUUGUAACUGUCAAAACUUCUCUAAACAUAAUCUUGAUAUAAAUUUCAUUUUUUUACAACAUUUGCUGAAUGAAACCUUAAACCUGCCAUUUUUUUCAGACUUCAAGCACAAUGUAUUUUCAAUCACUGUGAACGGUUAUAUAUACAUACAAAUAUAUA